GACACGAAUAUUAUAAUACAGUAAAUAUUUUUUUUAUAUUUUAAGUUGUAAGAAACUAUUAAUUUUUCAGUGGAUGUACAGAUCUACGUAAACCCUUAAUUUAUCGAAAUUACUGUGGACUGCCUACUUACACAACCUUCUAGUCGUUUUCAAUGCUUUCUAGAAAAUACGACAUUAUUGACUUUAACAUUUACCGACAAUUAAAGUGAGAAGCUGUUAAUAAUAUCUACUUAUUUUCUUCGAAAAGUACCUAAUGUAAUUCCUAAGAAUAUCAUCUUAUUAAGAUUGAUUUUGAAAACACCAAAAGACAAUGGCAAUUAGUCCCAACAAUAAAUUUGAUGCAACACCAAUUACUCUGAAGGCUACAGAUUUAAAUAGUGGCAGUAGGAAUAAAACAAGAUUUACAAAGUAUUGUGCUUCAAGUAAUGAGAGUGAGGCCAGUGUUAUGAGCAAUUAUAGUAUUAAAGAAUUGAAAAACUCGGUUUCACCUUAUCUGGCUAAGAAUAGGAUUACUGUAAAAUCAAAAGUAACCGAGAAAAAAAUAAUACAGGAGCAAUCUUCAGGCUUUGUAUCAUCGUUUCCUUUGGCUGUGUCUUUAUAUAAAGCAAAUUCAGAUGAAAAGGUCCCUAGGAGGUCUUAUAAAAAACCAAAAAAAGCUAUGCCUAAGGAUAUUUCAGAACCAUUGCAAAUAUGUAAUGUAAGUGAUAUGAACGAGUCAGAUUAUAAUGAGUCAAGGAGUACCAGAAAACCGAGACCGAAAAAGCGAAAGGUAAAUCAAAAUAAAAACCUUACAUUGCCUAAUGAGAGUAUUGAGAUAUAUGGCAGAAAUUCUAAAUAUUGUUCACAAAUGAACAUUCACUUGAAGGGGGAUGGCAACUUUUCUAGAAAAUCUCGGAGAAAUAAUAUCACGAUAAAAGAUGAUAAAGCACCAAGCAACGUAUGGGCAAUGCUCAGAAACAUAAACAGGUUUCAGUUUAUUCCAUCGGCACCAGUAUCUCUUGAAAGUUUAGUACCUAUGAAAACCAGCAAGAAUACAAAAUCUAACAGGAAUGCCAAGAAAUGCAAAGACGCAAGAUUAAUAAAAUCAUGCCGAACAGAAGAAUUUGCUUACAUUUCAAUUAGCAGUUAUUCUGGUUCAUCUAGUUGUGAUCGAGUAACUGUCGUUGACAAACAAGACCAUUAUAAUGAUGAAUACAUAAAAGGAAUUGAAAACGUAGAAAUAACACAGAAGAGUUUAACUGAUGAUUUCAAACAAAGUAUAAAUCAGUUUGAAACAAGCAAUGGAAUAGAGCAAACUAAAUAUAAAACUAAUCAAGAAACACCUUACCCUGAAAAAAUCCGUUAUGUUGCACAUGAAAAUCAAAAAGAAUAUGUGGAUAGACCUCCAGUAGCAAAAAAAAUAAUUUUGAAAAAUAAUGAUUGCUCUGACCAUCUCGAACAAGGAGAUACUGGAGAUGUGGGUGAUAAAUCAGAAUCAGACAACAUAGUUAGUAAGAAACUUAGCAAAACUUCGGUAGCAGGUAGUAAAGAUCGUAAUUAUGGAUUAAUAAAUAUGACUACAAAUAGCAAACUUAACGUAAUUCAGCCAAAAACAAGACACCCUCGCCUUGCUACCACAAUGCCCGCUGCGAGAAUAUCACCAAAAUUAACCCAAACUGAUAUUAAAAGAAAAUUAUGUAAUCUGCGUUUUCCUAUCGUGAUCCUUGGAAAUGAUGAAAUAAGUUCAAGGGUGGAAAUUAUUAAUGAUCAAUAUUCCCAAUUUAUGGGCUUAGAUAAUCAAAUUUGGCCAUACAUGGUCAAAUGGCUACCGCAGAAAGAGAACAGAUCUGAUGGAAAGCAUAUAGCGAUAGAGCAUAAUGCAGUAAACAAACAUAAAAUUUCAGUAAAUAAUAGUGACUCUAUUCAUCAAAAAAGUUCACUGCAUGAAGCAUUUAAGACCGCCAAUUAUUCCUCAAAGAGAAAUAACCCAAAGCAUGUAACGUCUCAUGUUGACGUAACCAACAAACCCAAAUAUGCUCAAACGCAACAUGUUAAAGAAGUGCUUAAUUCCUUCAAUACAAAAGCACCCGACAAAACACGAACCAUACGUGCUACUUCCGUUUAUACUGUAAAUGGUGGGAAAAUAUUUCAAAGAUGGCCUCCAGGUGUGACCAUUGAAACUCAGACUGACACUAAAAACUCGGAGACAAAAUUUAAUGUAAAUCAAGAAAAAAUUGCUACUAUUAGUAAGAAAACUCCUAUGUUAUUUCAGUGGUCUAAAGUAAAGUGGGCUAGUGACCUUAUUGAAAAUGUGAUCACUAAGAUAAAAAAUGGAACUUAUUAUGAUCACGAGUUUCCACGGGAAAAAAGGAUUAUUGAUAUGCAGAAUAAGUCUACGCAGACUGAAACAAAAAUCAAAGUUGACAACAAUAAUUAUAUCACACCUUUGCAUGAAACGAAGGUAUAUUUUGAAGAUGACCUCAAAACUAUCCCAGGUUUUGAUUGUGACGUUGCCGUUAUUGCUGGUGGCCUAGAAGUAGAAACAAUUAAUAAACAGCAAAUAGCGGUUAGAAAUUGUGUGGCUAACAUUGUGGUACAGUUUGACGUCAAAUUGCCCUUCAACAUUGUUCCCAAGACUUCUUUAAUAAAAGAAUCUAGUAUGUCUCUCAUUCCUCUCUUAGACAGAGAGAGUAAGACGAAAGUAUUCAAGUAUAAAGCUUCCUUAACUAAUAACAUAUUACCAGCUGAGUUAUGUAGAAUAUUCCCAAAUAUCCUACGAAAUAUAUUUAAAACAAAUAUGUUUCCUCAUCUACCGAAAAUAACCAAUUCAGCUGCAUAUGAUGUCGUUGCAUCAGAACCGUAUCCAGACACAUGUGAAUUUUCUGUAUUAAAUAACACUUUGUCUUCGAUAGCAGUGAGGAUAGUAAAUGGUAGAUUUUCAAAUGUUCUGCCUAAGCAAACGAGGCACAUUAUUGAAAGAAAGAAUUUUUUUGCGCAUAAGAAGACAGAGCUCUUGGUGAACUAUAAGUUACAAUCACCCAUUUUGCUUGAUGUACUAUCAUUAUACCAUGUAAACAUAAAUUAUAUCCGAGAUUCGCUUAAAAUAUUUGCAUUUCCCAAACCUUCUAAUGUACUUAUACUUGAUCAAGUAAAAAGCCAAGCAAGCAAUAAUAAAUGCAGAGCUCUUGUACCAUAUUGUACAGCCGCAUCAUAUCAAGAUUAUAUAGCUGAAAAUUUAACCGCUGCAUUCGGUACUCAAGACACAGAUGUUAAGUUGAUUUCAAUUAAGCCGGCACAGAGGAAUGGCUUAUUUGAUAUGAUUAAAUGGUUUGAUAUAAAGCUAUUUGGCAAUAAGAUAAAUUCCGGAGAUCAUUAUAUAAACAAAAACGUUUUUCAUGAAAAUGGAGUACUUGAUUUGAAUAAAAAUGUAUUCAAUAAUCCGAAAACUAAUAAGACACGGCAUGCAAUAGCAUUUGGAAAUAAACAGAAUAAUAAAGGUUCUACCAGCUAUAAUAAAGUGGAAGAGCAUGAAACCAUCAAAAUGCUCAAGCCAAAAAAUUUUAAUAUACACCGAAAGCAGGGUUGUGUAAAAUUUUGCAGAAAAUGUAAAUCGACGACAUGCAUUACCCGUUAUAAAAGUGUAUCCUUGAAGAAAAUAGCUAAUCUUGAUGAAUUUUUCCAAGCAAUCGGGCUUGCAAAGGAUUUAUCAUGUAUUAUAAACGGAAAUGUAGAAAAAAAUAUACUCUCUGCUAUAAUAGAGAUGAAAGCGUGGUUAACUGAGAUUAGUCCGAGACAGGCGUUACUAAUUUUCUUAUUGGCUAAUAAGAAGGAAACGCCCAUCACUGCCCGUCAUCGUAAUGUAAUAAUUCAAGGAAUAGCUUCAAAUAGAAUAACCCAAGCCUCCGAUUUGGAUAUGGAGCUGGAAGUGAUUGAGAGGGAGAGCUUGAGCAACUUAAAUCUGUGUGAGGGAAGAACAUAUUUACCUAAAAAUAAUGAAGAUGUUUUGUUGGAAGAAUUAUGUUGGAUUGCAAAGUCAACGGCAGCAGAAAAUCAUCGCAUAUUUGACCAGUCUUCAAUAGAAUUACUGAGAUCUCUGCUUCAAAAACGAAGAAAGUUGAACCCAACUUAUCUCAGAGUUAUGGCAAAAUAUGCAGGCUUGGGUUUGCUCAAAGCCAAGUAACAUCUGCCAUACAUGUUCCAAUAAUUUAUAAAUUUUGUAGUGUCUUUUCCUAUUGUUAUAUUAUACUGGUUUUGUAUAGUUUAAAUUAAAGUUUACAUAUUGA